AUGCUUCACACAAACCAUGAGUCAAUUUCAAACAACAUUGAAACAAGACACGACCAUGAAUUGUCAUCCUCUCCUCAUACUCAACAAGCCAACAUUGUGGACAUACAUCAUUCAUCACAAACAUCGGAGCCAUCUUCGGAAGAAGAAUUUUCUGAUUGUUUGGUUUGCAAAACCUUUCAUCCAAAGAAGGAUUUUGAAAAGAAUUUUUACAUUUCAUUACCGUAUCUCAUUGACGAACAACCAUCUGUGGUUGUUGAUGACAGUGGCAGAAAAGAAGACACACCUGAUGAAAAUGCUCGACAACAACAACAUACAGAGUUGGCAAGUGACAGCACCCGAUUACUUUCUUGGGAAUCUCUUGAAAAAGCAUUCCAUCCAAACAUCGUGGAAGUAAUUUUAAAUAACAAUAUUCAAACACAGUCCACUUUCCGAGUGUGUGAUAAGAUGGCUGAAUUUAUGAUCGUUUAUAGUGAUUUAUUGAGUGGAGAGGAAAAUGAUGGAAAUGAAAUUCAGGAUAAUGUUCUAGCCAUGGAAAAUGAAAUACAUCCUGGUGAUAAUGUCAAUUCGGAGACAGAUAUUGAACUAACAUCAAUAACUGAAGAUUCAGAAGAAAAAUCACUUGUUAAAUUAUUUAAUAAUUUUUCGGAUAAAUUAAUGGGUGACAUUACGAAGGAAUUCAUCCAAAAACCAAGUGUUAAGCAAGUAACUAUUGACAUUUUCAAAAUUGUUCUCUCUUUUAUGGCAAUGAUGAGUGUCAUUCUCAUUGGCUCUAUUGGUAUAAUGUUUAUUGAGCAAUCCAAUGAAUUACAAAUAUACAUGGAACAGCAUAAUAUAACCACACCCAUCGAUCCCUUUAAUUCAAAUAUUACCUUUCGGUGGAAUUAUGGAAAUUCAGUGUAUUUCACAAUUGUCACUCUUACUACGAUUGGAUAUGGCGAUAUGACUCCUUCGACUAUUGGCGGAAAGCUUUAUGUCGUUUUUGUUGGAUUUUUAGGAAUUGCUCUGAUGGGUUUAUGGAUUUCAUUUGUUGGAGGAGCGAUUAUGAAUUCUUUUGGUGCUGGAGGUUUUGUAGUGUUACUUUAUGUGAAAAGAUCUCUUGCAUUAUGUUGCGGUUGUUGCAAGAAUCGAGAUUUAAAGUCCUCUCUGAAAGGUUCUAAGGAAAUGAUUACCAAUCCAGAGCUAACUAGAUUUGAGAAGAGAUUAUACUCGUUUUUUAACAGAGGUGUCACACAAAUUAUUAAUAUCAUUUUACUGCUGGGUGCUUAUGUAGUAGCGGUUGCAGCAAUAUUUAGCUAUUUGGAAGGAUGGGAAUAUUACGAUGCCUUUUACUAUUCUUUUAUUACAUUAUCAACAGUUGGGUUUGGAGAUUUAUAUCCAAAAACUGUGGGAGGAAAAGUAUUAUUUGGAUGCUUUGCUCUCAUAGGAUUGGGAUUGUUGGGUAUUUUGCUAGGUUUAGUUGGUAAAUCUAUUCAGGAAUCAGUCAUUUCUCAAUUCAAAAAAGCUCAAAAAAAGACAUUUUUAGAAUUUAAAGAUUUACAGGAAAAGGCAGCCAUGAAACAACUGGGAAAUAUCAUGAACAAGCAAAAAGAAACAAUGUCUCAUGGACUACAGUUCCUUAAAAAAGGUGGUAAAGGUGGUCUUAAUUUGUUGAAAGAAGGUGGCAAGGGAGGGUUCAACAAACUCAAGCAAGGAGGAACUGGAGGAUUGAAUUUUCUCAAAGAAGGAGGAAAAGGUGGACUACAAAUGAUCAAAUCUGGUGGUGCAGGAGGUAUCAACUUGAUAAAAGAGGGAAAAGGCUCCAUCAACAUGAUCAAAGACAAGUUGACAAAUAAGUAUCUGUAG